AUGGAUUCUGCUACAACGGAAUCAAAACACGACCGUGCUACUCACGAGCAACUUGAGCUAUACGUUGCGUUUUGCCAGGCACACCCAGAAAUUGGCACUGGAAAAAAUUGGCCAAAGUCGCCUCCGCAAAUGCAAGACUUGUGGAAGCAACUGGCAGAGGAGUUGAAUUCUAGCAGAGGACCAACACGUACUGCGGCUAAAUGGAAAGAGACGUUGGGUGUGUGGAAGAGUCAACUACGCACGCGGGCAAGGCGGCUGAAAAUGAGCCAGAGGCUGACUGGAGGAGGACCAAGCUGCAAGCCGAUGAGCGACUUUGAGGAAAAGGCUUUAGCCACAUUUGGAUCUGCAGCUGUUGAUGGGGUGAAGACCAUUCAGAGCUUUGGGUUGACAUAUUCGCUUGAGCCUUUGUCAGUUGAGGGCCCAAUAUCACCUGAAAGCACAUCUUCUUUGGACAGUCCUCAGCCACCAUGCAGUCCAUUACUAAUACCGCUAAAGCUAGUAGAACCGUCAAGCCCAGGACAACCGCCAAGCCCAGGACAACGGCUUAGCACAGAAAUAUCAGCAAAUCCCGCAUCAUCUCCAUGUUCAUCGCUAAGCUUGGAAAAUCAUAUACCUUUUUUUAUUGAUGCUCGCACAUCGCGGCUAUCACGGGGUGAGCGGUCUAAAUUAAUUAGCACUUUGAUAGCAAACAUUUCAAAGAGGAAUGCUGCUGAGGACGAAAAGCAACGCAUUGAAAAUGAAAGGCGUGAAGAGCACCGGGAGAUGACGCAGACCAUCCAAGGUCUAACCAAUACUGUCGCAGAACUUGUGAAUGUUCUUANCAUGCAUACAACUAAACUUACUGCUUCGACAUUUAUACUGUAG